CUGAAAAAUUCAACAUCUGUUUUAGAGACUUUACAUAAACCUUACACAAUCGACCUGCUGACAGGUACUUACUAUCUUUUUACGCCUGACAACUUUUUUGGAGAUGAAUUCGAUGUAGAAAUCGAAGGAAGCUAUAAUGUAAGAGAAGCCUGGACUAUAGCGACAAACGUCUCUCAGCAGCUUCAUUACAUUGAUCAGCGACAGUUUGGUAAAUACGUAAUACUUCAGGGAAGUUCUGCGGUUUCUAUUUCUAACGUGUUACGUUACGGAGACUGCGGUAGAGACGAUAGUGUAGUAAUCAGUGCGUUUGUCGAAAACGUGAUAUCUGAGUUGCAGUACGUUACUGGAAUAAUGUGUACGUCCUGCGUCUAUUGUUUUCUGAAAUUACGGAUGUACAUUUAUAAUUUUAACAAUACCUUCUUAUGGUUUCUGGCUAAAGGCCAGUAUACUCUUUACGUAUAUACAUCUGGAAAUAACUUUGUUUCCGGUUAUACACCGCGUAUCUCAGGUACCUUAGAAAUUUCUGGAAAUCAAAUGUACUUCUACAUUUGUACGAAUUCCGAAACAAAGCUGAAAUUAUGUGUGAAUUUAGAGGGAAAGCAGUUAUAA